AUGGAGAGCUCACGGGUGAAACGACGCCGUUUACCGAUGGUGCCAUGUCCAUACCAAGGCCACAUAAACCCAAUGCUUCACCUAGCCACAUUCCUUCAUCAAAACGGCUUCUCAAUAACCAUAGCCCACACAUUCUUCAACUCUCCCCACCCCUAUCGUCACCCGGAGUUCACCUUCCUCCCCCUCAACGACGGUAUCACCGACGACCACGUGUCCUCAUGGGAUUUGGCGUCAGUGUUGCUAGCCAUCAAUGAGAAUUGCAAGGGGAGCUUGGAGGAGGCAAGGGCGGCUAUGGCUGGAGGAGAUGGGGAGGAAUCAAGCAUCUAUGUUAGCUUGGGAAGCAUGGUUCUAUUAACAAAGCAAGAGGUGGAAGAGAUGGGUUGGGGGUUGGUCAAUAGCAACCCACCGUUCUUGUGGGUGGUUCGGGCCCGAUCGUGUUGGGUCAUGGGGAUGUUGGGGGGUUUUGGGGACCAACGAGUGAAUGCUAGGUGUGUUAGCUGUGUGUGGCGGGUGUGGUUGGGUUUGGAAGGUGAGUUGGAGAGGGAGGGAGUGGAAAAGGGUGUUAGGAGAGUGAUGGUGGGAGAAGAAGGGAGGGCGAUGAGGGAAAGAGCGAGUUAUUGA